AUGGUUACUAAAGGAGAGAAAAGAAAAAAAACUAAAAUAAAAGCAUAUGAUAUAGAUGAAUCAAAAAAAAUAUUUUUAUACGCUUAUGAGCAUCAACUAAAAAAUGAGAAAAUAGAUUGGAAAAAAGCAGAAGAAAUGAAAAUAACUAAGCAUAGUGGAGGUUCUAUGAGGAGUCAUUAUUUAAAUUCUAUAAAGAACGAUAUAUCUCUAUAUUUAGAGAUGUAUCCAGAAGAAGCAGCUAAAAUUUUCAAUAAGGUUAAAAGAUUAAAAAGAGAAGAAAAAAAAAAAAAAAUUUUAGUUUUUCAGAAUAAUUUCGUUAAACAAAGUUCUAACAUUUCAUUAAAUAGAUUAACAAAAGGUAAAAAUUCCAAUUACAAUAAGCACAAUUCAUUAAUUAUAAGUAAUAUGUUUUCAAUAAAGCAUAGAAAUAUCAAUGGUAAACACAAAACUUUUUAUAAUAAUGAUGAUAACAAUGAAAAAAAAAAAAAAAAAAAUUUAAAUAAUAAUACAACUAAUGAAUUAAACUCAAAUAAAAGUUCUUCUAAAAAGAAUAAAUUAAAACAAAUAAAAAUAACUAAUAAAGAUACCAUAACAAAAAACAAAAAAAUUAAUAAAAAGAAAAAUAAUAAAUCUUUAAAAAGUAUCAUAAUUAGAAGUACAUUAGAAAGAACUAAUAAAAUGGUAAAUAACCCAUUAAAUAAAGAAAUGAAUAAUAGAAAGAAUAAAAAUGUAAACGAAAAAAAAUAUAAAUAUAAACAAAAUACAAAAGAAAAGACUGUAAAAAUGUGUGAAAAUUACGAAAAAAAAUUAAAUGAAAAAACAAGCAAAGCAAUAAUUGAAGAUUUUAAUGAAAAAAAAAAAAAUAGAAAACUUGUAAAAGAAGAUGCAAUUCAAAUAAAGCUCGAAAAAGUUGAUUCUAAUGAUCAAAUAAAUAAAGAAUUAAAUGAAUUAAAAAUAUUAAAUAAAAAUCUAAUUGAAAAAAAUAAAAAUCUAUCAAAAGUUGACGACAAUUUAGAAAAGCUAAAUUUAGAAUCAAGAUCAACUAAAAAAAAUAAUCAAAAAAAAAUAUCUGUUCAAAACAAAAUGAAAAAUAAAAAAUAUAAAACAAAUGAUAAUACUAAUGAAAUAAAUGAUUUAAAUGACUCAUUUGAUUCAUCUGAAUCUAGUGUAUCGGAUAAUAUUGAAGAAAAUAAAGGGAAUACUAUAAAAUCAAUUUUUGGAUAUAUUUACAAAAAAAUAUUUCGUUAA